AAACCCCCAAACCAAAAAACUCAGCAUCUUUAGUGGAUGUGUCUGUGAAAGGGCAAGUAAGUUUAUCUGUGUGUGUGAGAGAGAGAGGGUGAGAGAGAGAGAGAUGUCUCAAUGAACAGCAUUUCAAUUAGAGAAUCGCUCUGAACUUCAGAUUUAUGACUGUUAUUUCUGAGAUUGUCAUAGAGGGCUGUGCUUAAAGUUGAAACUUCUGAGUUGGUGACUUCCUUUGGGACUGGCUGAAAAUGAAAGCAGAGUACGAUUUUCUGUGCUCCAGAGAGAAGUGCCCUGUGCAGUAGAAUACAUUAUCUCUUGAUGGGGACACGCUGCAUUUCUGAGGACAAUCUGAUUAGCCACUAAACGGGACACACAGGAUUCUCAGGAAAGACAUGUCUGACAAGAUGUCUAGUUUCCUCCAUAUCGGAGACAUUUGUUCUCUGUACGCCGAGGGAUCGACAAAUGGAUUUAUUAGCACCUUGGGCCUGGUUGAUGAUCGCUGUGUCGUACAGCCAGAAGCCGGGGACCUUAACAAUCCACCCAAGAAAUUCAGAGAUUGCCUCUUUAAGCUAUGUCCCAUGAAUCGAUACUCUGCCCAGAAGCAGUUCUGGAAAGCUGCUAAGCCGGGAGCCAACAGCACAACAGACGCAGUACUGCUCAACAAAUUGCACCAUGCUGCAGACCUGGAAAAGAAGCAGAAUGAGACAGAAAACAGGAAACUGCUGGGGACCGUGAUCCAGUAUGGCAAUGUGAUCCAGCUCUUGCAUUUGAAAAGCAACAAAUACCUAACUGUGAAUAAGAGGCUGCCAGCGCUGCUGGAGAAGAAUGCCAUGAGAGUGACAUUGGAUGAGGCUGGAAACGAGGGGUCCUGGUUUUACAUUCAGCCAUUCUACAAGCUGAGAUCCAUCGGAGACAGUGUGGUGAUAGGUGACAAGGUUGUUCUGAACCCAGUGAAUGCCGGCCAGCCCCUCCAUGCCAGCAGCCAUCAGCUGGUGGACAACCCAGGCUGCAACGAGGUCAAUUCCGUCAACUGCAAUACAAGCUGGAAAAUAGUCCUUUUCAUGAAAUGGAGUGAUAACAAAGAUGACAUAUUAAAGGGGGGUGACGUGGUGAGGCUGUUCCAUGCCGAGCAGGAGAAGUUCCUCACCUGUGAUGAGCACAGGAAGAAGCAGCAUGUCUUCCUGAGAACCACUGGCCGGCAGUCAGCCACAUCUGCCACGAGUUCCAAAGCCCUGUGGGAGGUGGAGGUGGUCCAACACGAUCCAUGUCGGGGUGGAGCUGGAUAUUGGAACAGCCUCUUCCGUUUCAAGCAUCUUGCUACAGGGCAUUACUUAGCAGCAGAGGUAGACCCUGACUUUGAGGAAGAAUGCCUGGAGUUUCAGCCCUCAGUGGACCCAGACCAGGAUGCCUCCCGCAGCAGGUUGCGAAACGCCCAAGAAAAGAUGGUGUACUCUCUGGUCUCUGUGCCUGAAGGCAAUGACAUCUCCUCCAUUUUUGAGCUAGACCCCACUACCCUCCGUGGAGGGGACAGCCUCGUCCCAAGAAACUCCUAUGUCCGGCUGAGACACCUGUGUACUAAUACCUGGGUUCACAGCACAAAUAUCCCCAUUGACAAGGAAGAAGAAAAACCCGUGAUGCUGAAAAUUGGCACUUCCCCUGUGAAGGAGGACAAGGAAGCUUUUGCCAUAGUUCCAGUUUCUCCUGCUGAGGUUCGGGACCUGGACUUUGCCAAUGAUGCCAGCAAGGUGCUGGGCUCCAUAGCAGGGAAGCUGGAGAAGGGCACCAUCACCCAGAAUGAAAGAAGAUCUGUAACCAAGCUGCUGGAAGACUUGGUUUACUUUGUCACUGGUGGAACUAAUUCUGGCCAAGAUGUUCUUGAAGUGGUCUUCUCCAAGCCCAACAGAGAACGGCAGAAGCUGAUGAGAGAACAGAAUAUUCUUAAGCAGAUCUUCAAGCUAUUACAGGCCCCAUUCACAGACUGUGGGGAUGGCCCGAUGCUGCGCCUGGAGGAGCUGGGGGACCAGCGGCAUGCGCCCUUCAGACACAUCUGCCGCCUCUGCUACAGGGUCCUCCGACACUCCCAGCAGGACUACAGGAAGAACCAGGAGUACAUAGCCAAGCAGUUUGGCUUCAUGCAGAAGCAGAUUGGCUAUGAUGUGCUGGCCGAAGACACUAUCACCGCCCUGCUCCACAAUAACCGGAAACUCUUGGAAAAACACAUUACCGCAGCAGAGAUCGACACGUUUGUCAGCCUGGUGCGAAAGAACAGGGAGCCCAGAUUCUUGGAUUACCUCUCUGACCUCUGCGUGUCCAUGAACAAAUCCAUCCCAGUGACCCAGGAACUGAUAUGUAAAGCUGUGCUGAAUCCAACCAAUGCCGACAUCUUGAUUGAGACCAAGUUGGUACUGUCUCGCUUCGAAUUUGAAGGUGUUUCCUCUGGAGAGAAUGCUCUGGAGGCAGGAGAGGAUGAGGAAGAGGUGUGGCUGUUUUGGAGGGACAGCAACAAAGAGGUUCGAAGUAAGAGUGUCAGGGAGCUGGCACAGGACGCUAAGGAGGGACAGAAGGAAGACCGAGACGUCCUCAGCUACUAUAGGUACCAGCUGAACCUCUUUGCGAGAAUGUGCCUGGACCGCCAGUACCUCGCCAUCAACGAAAUAUCAGGCCAGCUGGACGUGGACCUCAUUCUCCGCUGUAUGUCUGACGAGAACCUACCCUAUGACCUGCGGGCGUCCUUCUGCCGUCUCAUGCUCCACAUGCAUGUGGACCGGGACCCCCAGGAGCAAGUUACUCCUGUGAAAUACGCCCGCCUCUGGUCCGAGAUUCCCUCUGAGAUCGCCAUUGACGACUAUGAUAGUAGUGGAACUUCCAAAGAUGAAAUUAAGGAGAGGUUUGCUCAGACCAUGGAAUUUGUAGAGGAGUACUUAAGAGAUGUGGUUUGUCAAAGAUUUCCUUUCUCUGAUAAGGAGAAAAAUAAACUUACAUUUGAGGUUGUAAACUUAGCUAGAAACCUCAUAUACUUUGGCUUCUACAACUUCUCUGACCUUCUACGACUAACCAAAAUCCUUCUGGCCAUACUGGACUGUGUACACGUGACAACCAUCUUCCCCAUCAGCAAGAUGGCGAAAGGAGAAGAGAAUAAAGGUAGUAACGUGAUGCGAUCCAUCCAUGGAGUUGGAGAGCUGAUGACCCAGGUGGUGCUCCGGGGAGGAGGCUUUCUGCCCAUGACACCCACAGCUGCUGCCCCUGAAGGCAACGUGAAGCAGGCCGAGCCAGAGAAGGAGGACAUCAUGGUCAUGGACACCAAGCUGAAGAUCAUUGAAAUACUCCAGUUUAUUUUGAAUGUGAGGUUGGAUUAUAGGAUCUCCUGCCUCCUGUGUAUAUUUAAGCGGGAGUUCGAUGAAAGCAAUUCCCAGACUUCGGAAACAUCCUCCGGAAACAGCAGCCAAGAGGGGCCAAGUAAUGUACCAGGUGCUCUAGACUUUGAACACAUUGAAGAGCAAGCCGAGGGCAUCUUCGGAGGAAGUGAGGAGAACACCCCAUUGGACCUGGACGAUCACGGCGGCAGAACCUUCCUCCGGGUCCUGCUCCAUUUGACAAUGCAUGACUACCCACCACUGGUGUCAGGGGCUCUGCAGCUCCUCUUUCGGCACUUCAGCCAGAGGCAGGAGGUCCUGCAGGCCUUCAAACAGGUUCAACUGCUUGUUACCAGCCAAGAUGUUGACAACUACAAACAGAUCAAACAAGACUUGGACCAGCUGAGAUCCAUCGUGGAGAAGUCAGAGCUUUGGGUGUACAAAGGGCAGGGCCCCGAUGAGGCCAUGGAUGGUGCAUCUGGUGAAAACGAACAUAAGAAAGCAGAGGAGGGGAAUAACAAGUCACAAAAGCAUGAGAGCACCAGCAGCUACAACUACAGGGUGGUGAAAGAGAUUUUGAUCCGACUCAGCAGAUUGUGUGUUCAGGAGAGCGCGACUGUGAGGAAGAGCAGGAAGCAGCAGCAGCGCCUGCUGAGGAACAUGGGUGCCCAUGCUGUGGUACUGGAACUGCUGCAGAUUCCCUACGAGAAGGCCGAAGAUACCAAGAUGCAGGAGAUAAUGAGGCUGGCUCAUGAGUUUCUGCAGAAUUUCUGUGCUGGCAACCAGCAGAAUCAAACUUUGCUCCACAAACACAUAAACCUGUUUCUCAACCCAGGGAUCCUGGAGGCGGUUACAAUGCAGCACAUCUUCAUGAACAAUUUCCAGCUCUGCAGUGAGAUCAACGAGAGAGUCGUGCAGCACUUUGUUCACUGCAUUGAAACUCACGGUCGAAACGUCCAGUACAUCAAGUUCUUGCAGACUAUUGUUAAGGCUGAAGGGAAAUUCAUUAAGAAGUGUCAAGACAUGGUCAUGGCUGAGCUGGUUAAUUCAGGAGAGGAUGUCCUUGUGUUCUACAAUGACAGAGCCUCUUUCCAGACCCUGAUCCAGAUGAUGAGGUCAGAGCGGGACAGGAUGGAUGAGAACAGCCCUCUCAUGUACCACAUCCACCUGGUGGAGCUUCUCGCUGUCUGCACAGAAGGCAAGAACGUCUACACAGAGAUCAAGUGCAACUCCCUGCUCCCGCUGGAUGACAUUGUCCGCGUGGUGACUCAUGAGGACUGCAUCCCUGAAGUGAAAAUCGCAUACAUUAACUUCCUGAAUCACUGCUAUGUGGAUACCGAGGUGGAAAUGAAGGAGAUUUAUACCAGCAAUCACAUGUGGAAGUUGUUUGAGAAUUUUCUUGUUGACAUCUGUAGGGCCUGUAACAACACUAGUGACAGGAAACACGCAGACUCAAUUUUGGAGAAGUACGUCACUGAAAUCGUCAUGAGUAUCGUGACCACGUUCUUCAGUUCUCCCUUCUCAGACCAGAGCACGACUUUGCAGACUCGCCAGCCUGUGUUUGUGCAGCUGCUGCAAGGUGUGUUCAGGGUUUACCACUGCAACUGGCUCAUGCCCAGCCAGAAGGCAUCGGUGGAGAGCUGCAUCCGGGUGCUCUCUGACGUAGCCAAGAGCCGGGCCAUUGCUAUCCCUGUGGACCUGGACAGCCAGGUCAACAACCUCUUCCUCAAGUCCCACAACAUUGUGCAGAAAACUGCCAUGAACUGGCGGCUGACAGCCCGAAACGCUGCUCGCCGAGACUCCGUCCUGGCAGCUUCCAGAGACUACCGGAAUAUCAUUGAGAGAUUGCAGGACAUCGUCUCCGCCCUGGAGGACCGUCUCAGGCCUCUGGUGCAGGCCGAGUUAUCUGUGCUGGUGGAUGUCCUCCACAGGCCCGAGCUGCUUUUCCCAGAGAACACUGACGCCAGAAGAAAGUGUGAAAGUGGUGGUUUCAUUUGCAAGUUAAUAAAGCACACUAAACAGCUGCUAGAGGAAAAUGAGGAGAAACUGUGCAUUAAGGUUCUACAGACCCUCAGAGAAAUGAUGACCAAAGAUAGAGGCUAUGGAGAAAAGCUAAUUUCCAUUGAUGAAUUGGAUAAUGCUGAGCAGCUUCCCCAAGCUCCGGAUUCGGAGAACUCCACCGAGCAGGAGCUUGAACCGAGUCCACCCCUGAGGCAACUGGAGGACCAUAAAAGGGGUGAGGCCCUCAGACAGAUUUUGGUCAACCGUUACUAUGGAAACAUCAGACCUUCAGGAAGAAGAGAGAGCCUCACCAGCUUUGGCAAUGGCCCGCUGUCACCAGGAGGACCCGGCAAGCCUGGGGGAGGAGGGGGAGGUUCCGGGUCCAGCUCCAUGAGCAGGGGUGAGAUGAGCCUGGCUGAGGUUCAGUGCCACCUUGACAAGGAGGGGGCCUCCAAUCUGGUCAUCGACCUCAUAAUGAAUGCGUCCAGUGACCGAGUGUUCCAUGAGAGCAUUCUCCUGGCCAUCGCCCUUCUGGAAGGAGGCAAUACCACCAUACAGCACUCCUUUUUCUGCCGGUUGACAGAAGAUAAGAAGUCAGAGAAAUUCUUCAAGGUCUUCUAUGACCGUAUGAAAGUGGCCCAGCAAGAGAUCAAGGCCACGGUGACCGUGAACACGAGUGACUUGGGAAAUAAAAAGAAGGAUGAUGAGGUAGAGAGGGAUGCACCGUCACGGAAAAAAGCCAAAGAGCCUGCAACACAGAUAACGGAGGAGGUUCGGGAUCAGCUCCUGGAAGCCUCUGCUGCAACCAGGAAAGCCUUCACCACCUUCAGGAGGGAGGCUGACCCUGACGACCACUACCAGGCUGGGGAGGGCGCCCAGGCCACAGCAGACAAGACCAAGGACGACCUGGAGAUGAGUGCGGUCGUCACCAUCAUGCAGCCCAUCCUGCGCUUCUUGCAGCUGCUCUGUGAAAACCACAACCGAGACCUCCAGAACUUCCUACGUUGCCAAAAUAACAAGACCAACUACAAUUUGGUAUGUGAGACACUGCAGUUUUUGGACUGUAUUUGUGGAAGCACAACUGGGGGUCUUGGUCUCCUCGGACUCUAUAUUAAUGAAAAGAACGUGGCUCUCAUUAACCAGACCCUGGAGAGUCUGACUGAAUACUGUCAAGGACCUUGCCAUGAGAACCAGAAUUGCAUCGCCACCCAUGAAUCCAAUGGCAUUGACAUCAUCACAGCACUGAUCCUCAAUGACAUCAACCCCCUGGGAAAGAAGAGGAUGGAUCUUGUGCUAGAACUGAAGAACAACGCUUCGAAGUUGCUCCUGGCCAUCAUGGAGAGCAGGCAUGACAGUGAAAAUGCCGAGCGGAUACUUUAUAACAUGAGGCCGAAAGAACUGGUGGAAGUGAUCAAGAAAGCCUACAUGCAAGGUGAGGUGGAGUUUGAGGAUGGAGAGAAUGGUGAGGAUGGAGCUGCCUCCCCCAGGAACGUGGGCCACAACAUCUACAUCUUAGCUCAUCAGCUGGCGAGGCACAACAAAGAACUUCAGACCAUGCUGAAACCGGGUGGCCAAGUGGAUGGAGACGAAGCACUGGAGUUUUACGCCAAGCACACAGCCCAGAUAGAGAUCGUCAGAUUAGACAGGACCAUGGAACAGAUUGUCUUCCCUGUGCCCAGCAUAUGUGAAUUCCUGACCAAGGAGUCAAAACUCCGAAUAUACUACACUACAGAGAGGGAUGAACAAGGCAGCAAGAUCAAUGACUUCUUCCUGCGGUCUGAAGACCUCUUCAAUGAGAUGAACUGGCAGAAGAAGCUGAGAGCCCAGCCCGUCCUGUACUGGUGCGCCCGCAACAUGUCUUUCUGGAGCAGCAUUUCGUUUAACCUGGCGGUCCUGAUGAAUCUGCUCGUGGCAUUUUUCUACCCAUUUAAAGGAGUCCGAGGAGGAACACUGGAGCCACACUGGUCCGGACUGCUGUGGACAGCCAUGCUCAUAUCACUGGCCAUCGUCAUUGCCCUCCCCAAGCCCCACGGCAUCCGGGCCUUAAUUGCUUCCACAAUUCUCCGGUUGAUAUUUUCGGUUGGGCUACAACCCACAUUGUUUCUUCUGGGAGCUUUCAACGUCUGCAAUAAAAUUAUUUUUCUGAUGAGCUUUGUGGGCAACUGUGGAACCUUCACCAGAGGCUACCGAGCCAUGGUUCUAGACGUGGAGUUCCUCUAUCAUCUGCUGUAUCUGCUGAUCUGCGCCAUGGGACUCUUCGUCCAUGAAUUCUUCUACAGUUUGCUGCUUUUUGAUCUAGUGUACAGAGAAGAGACUUUGCUUAACGUCAUUAAAAGUGUCACUCGCAACGGACGCUCCAUCAUCCUGACGGCAGUUCUGGCUUUGAUCCUGGUUUACCUGUUCUCAAUAGUGGGCUACCUUUUCUUCAAGGAUGACUUUAUCUUGGAAGUAGAUAGGCUGCCCAAUGAAACUGCUCUUCCAGAAGCCAGCGAGAGUUUGGCAAGUGAGUUCCUGUACUCUGACGUGUGUAGGGUGGAGACUGGGGAAAACUGCUCCUCUCCUGCACCCAAAGAAGAGUUGGUCCCUGCUGAGGAGACAGAGCAAGAUAAAGAGCACACGUGUGAGACGCUGCUGAUGUGCAUCGUCACGGUGCUGAGUCACGGGCUGCGGAGCGGGGGCGGAGUGGGAGAUGUGCUCAGGAAGCCUUCCAAAGAGGAGCCCCUCUUUGCUGCUCGAGUCAUCUAUGACCUCUUGUUCUUCUUCAUGGUCAUCAUCAUCGUCCUUAAUCUGAUUUUCGGGGUCAUCAUUGACACCUUUGCCGAUCUGAGGAGUGAAAAGCAGAAGAAGGAGGAGAUCUUAAAGACCACGUGUUUCAUCUGUGGCUUGGAAAGAGACAAGUUUGACAACAAGACUGUUACCUUUGAAGAGCACAUCAAGGAGGAACACAACAUGUGGCACUAUCUGUGCUUUAUCGUCCUGGUGAAAGUGAAGGACUCCACGGAGUACACUGGGCCUGAGAGUUACGUGGCAGAAAUGAUCAAGGAAAGAAACCUCGAUUGGUUCCCGAGGAUGAGAGCCAUGUCCCUGGUCAGCAGUGAUUCUGAAGGAGAACAGAAUGAGCUGAGGAAUCUGCAGGAGAAGCUGGAGUCCACCAUGAAGCUUGUCACGAACCUUUCUGGCCAGCUGUCAGAGUUAAAGGAUCAGAUGACAGAACAAAGGAAGCAGAAACAAAGAAUUGGUCUUCUAGGACAUCCUCCUCACAUGAACGUCAACCCACAGCAACCAGCCUAAGCAAAUGAAAUAAAGGAAUCGUAUUUACCUAAGUUAUUUUUAGUGUGGGUAUGGCUAGUUAGUUCUGAUUCACCCACAAAGGUUACAUUUAUGCUUAGUAUAUUUGUAAAUACUCAGUUUUAUACUGUAUGUAUAUGAUUGCUAAUCUAAAGGUUUGGAUAUAUGUAUUGUAAUUAGAACUGUUGGCAUGAAAUUUCAUUUGUGCCAAAAAUAUUAAAAAUGCCUUUUUUGGAAGGACUGAAGAAAGCACCUGAUUUGCACUUGAACCAGAUUAUAGAUUUAAAAGUAUAUGACAUGUAUUUUGUAUUUAAAAUUAGAAUAGCCAGUAUUUAUGUUUUUUAUAAAACUGUGCAAUACCAAUUAUGCAAUCACAAUAUAUUUGUAACUCCUGAGUAUCCUAAGGGGAGUACACGUCUUUGAAGCUGGUAUGUUAAUAGUAUGUAAUAAAUGGUUAAAUACUAAAUGAUGCUGCUGCCAAAAUCAUAUUAAUAGUGAGUUUCAGGCCCCUGGGCAUUUUGGACCAUAUAAUUAUCCUGUGGUGAUACUGUUUCUUGUUGCUCGUGGCAUUAGUGCCUCUGUCUUUCAGUGACAGUGCUCCAAGCCUAUGAACUGUCAAGUCAGCAUUCAUUUUAAGAAAAGCAACUUUAGUUUCAAAGAUACUUUUAGGCUUCUGAAUUGAUCAUUUAAACUAUUUCUUUAAAUAAGACAGCUAAAUUAGAGACUUGACCUUAGCUUGCCAAGUUAAUGAAUUUUUUAAAGGGAACUUUUUAUGCCAUGUUGGGGCUAAAUGCAUACUGCUAACCAAUCAAUGUCAUCUCCUAGGUGAAUUUUGGUGUCACAUUAUAAAGAAAUGAAUAAUUGAUGGUCUCUAGGUUAUCUAGUCCAAACAGCAGAGCUGAUUUUCUUUUUCUUCAUCUGAACCAAUAUGCUCCAGUAGCUAGGAAGUAUAUAUAUAGUCAUAGAAUGAAGAAAUAUGAGCUAUCCCAUUAGAACGCAUAGUUUGAACACUGACACGUUAUUCUUGUGAAAGAGCCACAUUUUGAUUUUCUUUGUCACAUGAUUUUGUUUCUUGAUGGAUGAAAAGUAUGAAAGGAAACUUUUAUAUCUGUUGCCUAGUUUUGUACAUGGGUCUCAUUUUACAACAGAAUCUCUACAAAAAAAAAAAAAGUUUAAAAGUGUAUUGAAAGCAGAGUUCUGAAGUGAGUACUUAAAGUUUGUAAAUGCAUAUAUAAAAAUAUUUAAUAAAUGAUGCAGAAUAAUAUA